UAGCUUCACCAAUCACCACAAACCUAACCAACAACAAUGUCACACUUAACAAUAAUAAUCCUACUCCUAUUUUUAUCAAGAACAAGUUCAGAUUCAAUUCAAGAAAGCUUUGUACGCUGCUUACACGUGAAUUCGGACAAAUCAUUCCCAUUUGAUGCAUCAAUAUACACUCAAAACAAUGCAUCAUUCACAACGGUUCUUGAUUCCUCAGCACAGAACCUAAGGUUCUUGGUGCCUUCAGCACCCAAACCUUCCUUCAUUUUCACACCAAACACUGAGUCUCACGUCCAAGCAGCCGUCAUCUGCGCCAAGAAGCUUAACAUCCACCUCCGAGUGCGAAGCGGCGGCCAUGACUACGAAGGCAUGUCCUACGUUUCGGAGAUCGAAACGCCUUUCAUGGUCGUAGACUUGGCCAAGCUUCGCGCCAUAAACGUUGACAUCAAGAGCAACACGGCUUGGAUUCAAGCCGGCGCCACCAUCGGCGAAGUUUACUACAGAAUUUACGAGAAGAGCUCUGUUCAUGGCUUCCCUGCAGGACUCUGCACAAGCUUAGGUGUUGGAGGACACAUCACCGGAGGUGCAUACGGUUCCAUGAUGAGAAAAUUCGGCCUCGGCGCCGAUAACGUCCUCGACGCUCGAAUGGUGGACGUUAACGGCAGGAUUCUUGACAGAAGAUCCAUGGGGGAAGAUCUGUUUUGGGCCAUAAGAGGAGGAGGUGGUGGAAGCUUUGGAAUCCUUCUAUGGUGGAAGAUAAAGCUGGUUGAAGUGCCUCCAACAGUUACGGUUUUCACAGUUCCAAGAACACUUGAACAAGGUGGAACGAAGCUUCUUCAUAGGUGGCAGGAAGUAGCACCUUCCAUUGAUGAAAACCUCUUCAUAAGAGUUAUAAUCCAACCUUCAAAUGUGGGCAACACAACGAAAAGAACAAUCACAACCGCUUACAAUGCUCUCUACCUUGGUGGAGCAAGGAAGCUCCUUGAGGUGAUGCAGAAGAGCUUCCCUGAACUGGGAUUAACCGCCAAAGAUUGCAAGGAAACAAGUUGGAUCAAAUCUGUUAUGUACAUUGCAGGGUAUCCAGACAACACUCCCCCUCAAGUUCUUCUUCAGGGGAAGUCAACUUUCAAGAAUUACUUCAAGGCCAAGUCUGAUUUCGUGAGGCAGCCGAUCCCGGUGGCCGGCCUCCGCGGCUUGUGGCAGAGGAUGAUGCAGGAGGAGAGCCCCUUGAUGAUAUGGAACCCAUAUGGUGGAAAGAUGAGUGAGUUCUCAGAGUCUCAUAUUCCAUUCCCUCACAGGAAUGGAACACUAUUCAAGAUUCAGUAUGUCACUUUGUGGCAGGAUGGAAAGGAGAAUGCUGGAAAGCACAUUGAUUGGUUGAGGGAUCUUUACACUUACAUGGGUGCUUAUGUGUCUAAGUCACCAAGGGAAGCUUAUGUGAACUAUAGAGAUCUUGAUUUGGGGAUGAAUUCCAAGAGCAGAACAAGCUUCAAGCAAGCUAGCAACUGGGGUUAUAGGUAUUUCAAGGGUAACUUCAAGAGAUUGGUUAAGAUCAAGACAAAGGUUGAUCCUGGUAACUUCUUCAGGCAUGAACAGAGUAUUCCACCUCUUCCUUACUGAUGCAACUCUAUAAAUUGGCUCACUUUAGAGGGAAUAAUUAAGGAUAAAUGUUGUAAGAUACUGAUGGAAGUGUUUCAAGUGUUUGAUGUGUUUUGUGAUUGUGUAUGUGACAACAUUAUAGGUGACUGUGUAUUAGUACUAAAGCUUUCAUUUUGUCUUUGGUAUCAUUCAUCAAGUGUGUUUCAUGAAAAACAAAUAUAAAGUUGGGCAGAAUAGUCCUGCAUGCUUUCUUAUACAA